AUGGCGAAGGCACGUAAAAAGAAGAGAUCGCAGCCAAAGGGGGCUGACGGCGUCGUGCCUGGGAAGGCGGGAACUUCGAACCGAUUGGCUAUACCGCAAAGCAUGGUUAUCCGCAUGGGCGCAGGCGACAUUGGUAGUAGUGUCAGUCAGCUAGCAGCAGAUUUUCGAGAAGUGGUCCAACCACAUACAGCUGCUAGACUGAAAGAGCGCAAAUCCAACCGUUUGAGAGACUACACAGCUAUGGCCGGACCGUUAGGCGUUACACAUUUCUUCCUCUUUUCACGAUCGCAGAAUGGAAACGUUCACCUCAGGUUCGCACUACAUCCCAGAGGACCGACGUUGCAGUUCAGAGUCGACGAUUAUGUACUGGCGAAAGACAUUCAGCACGUACAAAAGCGAUCAAGAGCAGGAUGGGUGGAAGCCUUCGCAACUCCACCUUUGCUAGUUCAACAUGGUAUGGCAUCCACAGAGGAACAACUUGCUGGCAAACCAAAAGAAAAACAACUCGAGUCGCUCACACAGACGAUGUUCAACUCGAUGUUCCCCGUGAUCACGCCCAGUACUACAAAGCUCGAGAAGAUCAAGAGGAUACUGCUGCUAAAAAGAGAGAAGCAAGAGGAUGGAACCUUUGUGAUUAACUUGAGACAUUAUGCCAUUACGCAGCGCAGGACAGGAACGACGAAGAGGAUAAAAAGACUCGACUCGCAGGAGCAGCGACGAAGGGAGAAGAAGGGUGGUGCACUACCCAACCUCGGUCAGCUAGAAGACGCUGCAGAUUAUAUGCUCAACCCGGAAGAUGGAGGGUACACAUCUGCCAGUGAGACGGAACUGGAUACGGACAAUGAGGUUGAAGUCGUUCAGACCAGUACUCGUAAAGUCCUGAGCAGGAAAGAGAUGGAGAAGCUGCGGACAGGUGACAAGAAGGAGCAAGUCGCGAAAUCCCAAUCCAACGUUGAGAAACGAGCUAUCAAACUGGUCGAAAUAGGACCAAGGAUGAAGCUACGACUUGUUAAGGUCGAAGAAGGUCUUUGUGAUGGGCGGGUCAUGUGGAAUGAAUUCGUUACCAAAUCCAAGACCGAAGCGCAAGAACUUGAUGAGAGGUGGGACGAGAAGCGCAAGCUGAGAGAAGAGAGGCGCCAGCAGCAGAAAGAGAAUGUCGAGCGAAAGAAGAAAUCCAAGGAGCAAACUAAAGCGAAUACUGCAGGUAAUGGGGGCGCUCAGGCAUCAGAUGACGAGAGUCUCGACACAGAUGAGGUUGAGGACAUGCUUGACGAUGAGGUAUACGACAAUUCAGAAGAUGGACGUGAGGCAUAUGAGGACGAAGACAUGGCUGACUGA